AGCGCCUCCAUUUUGAAUAGCCAUGUAAUAGGGGAUUGGCAUAGUUAGUGUGUGCGUGUGUGUGUAUGUGUCGCCCGCUGAGCUGCGUAGUGUCAACAAGCCACAGCCAAACAUCCCUCGACAUGGACGACCUGUUCAGCCCUCGGAGGAGCUUGAACAGCACUCAAGGCGAGAUAAGAGUGGGGCCAAGUCACCAGGCAAAGCUUCCCGAGCUGCAGCCUCGGCCCGCACCUGCUUCCCACGCUCAGACGGACAGCGAGGAGCUGAUGUGGACGCCCGGCGUCAAUGACUGCGACCUUCUCAUGUACCUGAGAGCGGCCAGGAGCAUGGCAGCCUUUGCGGGGAUGUGCGAUGGAGGAUCCACGGAGGAUGGAUGUUUGGCAGCAUCUCGGGAUGACACCACCCUGAAUGCUCUCAACAUGUUACAUGCGAGUCAUUACGACGCCGCAAAAGCUCUGCAGCGUCUGGUAAAGAAGCCUCUGCCCAAGCUUAUUGAGAAGUGCUGGUCUGAGGAUGAUGUGAAACGCUUCAUCAAAGGCCUCAGACAGUAUGGAAAGAAUUUUUUCCGGAUUCGGAAAGACUUCCUACCGGGCAAAAAGACCGGAGAGCUGAUCACCUUUUAUUACCACUGGAAAAAAACUCCAGAGGCCGCAGGGACGCGAGCUUACCGACAGCAACGCAGGCAGCCAUCGUCUCGCAAGGCGAAGACUCGCUCCGCCGCAGCUCCAGUGAGCGCGCCGUCUCGAAAUUACUCAGUUGACGCAAGUUCAGCCAGUGAAGAGGAGCUCGACAGUGAAGAUAGCGAGCAGGAAGUGAAGAGCUGCAGCCACUGCGGUACAACACGUUCAAAGGAUUGGCACCAAGGAGGAAGAUACAACCCAUUGCUAUGCACACCCUGCCGCACGUACGAAAACAAGCACGGCUGUCUGCCGGCAGCACCCAAGUCCUCAGGAGCGUCCUUCAUGUUUAAGCCUGUCAAGGAGGAAGAGGAGGGGAACAGUAAACACGGCAUGAGGACGCGGAGAAGCAGAGCACCUCAGUUGUCAUCUUUAAGAAGCGGCCACCGGAGGCUCACAGGUUCCCCCACCAGAGAGGAUCAGCAGGUCAACAGCCAGAAUUCACAGAGUGGAACGAGAGGUUCCACCGCAGACAGUAAGAAUGACUCCACCAAGAAGACUAACAAGAAAGUGAAAGAGGAGGCAGCCACACCAAAGACGAUGAAACGGGUCAGGGAGAGUCCUCCUCAGGAGCCUGACGAGCCUGAGAAAGUCAAACCUAAAAGGCCAAAGACACAGGUGAGAAACAGGCGGCAAAAGCAGGAUCCGCAGGACUCUCGCUCGGAGUUGGAGGCCGAGGUGGAGGAGGAGAGCUCCUCAGAAAGCCGCAGCGCUCAGGACGACGGCAGCAGCGACACCAAAGACAUUGAUCAGGACAACCGCAGCUCCUCCCCCAGCAUUCCCAGCCCUCAGCAGGGCAACGAGAGCGACUCCGACUCGUCUGCCCAACCGAGCGCUGUCCCGGCAGAGCCUGCUGCCCAGCCGGCUGCCCAGGCUGACCCAGCGCCCCUGCAGGUGCCCCCCUCUCAAGGUGCAGCUGUUAUUCCGCCGCAAAGCACCCUCUCUGCUGGCACUGCUCCGAGCCCAUCUCCUCCAUCUCAAGACCCCAAUGAGGCACCAUCUGGGGAGUCCACUGCCAGUUCAGGGCCAGGCAGCCGCCCGGCUCCCAGCCCUCAUUCUCUCUCCGGUGCACCACCUCUACCGCCAGUGGAAUCUUCUCUUUCUUCAGCAUUUCAGGUGCCACCCGCUCUCAACUCCUCGCAGCCGCCGCCCACCCAGCGACCCCCACCCUUCUUUAGGGAGUCGCAGCCCCAAAUCAAGCCCCCUCCCACCACUCCGAUUCCACCCUCCCACAAACACACCAGUCCACACCAGUCCGCUCCACCCUUCCCCCAGAUGCCCUCCAACCUUCCCCCUCCACCUGCUCUCAAGCCCCUCAACUCUCUCCCCAACCAGCAUCCUCCAGGCGCACCCCCUCCUCCUCUCCAGCUCAUGCCACAGCCGCCGCCCGUGCAGCCGCUUUCCGGCCAGCCGCUUUCCGGCCAGCCGCUUUCCGGCCAGCUUCCUGUCAUUUCUCAGAUGCAGGCUCAUGCUGGAAAGAGCACGAGCAGCCCUCAUUCAUGCGGCGCCCCCUCGCAGCCCCUCGCCUCUGCUGCUUCGUCCUCUGUCGGCCCCGUCCCGAGCCUGCAGCCUUCCUCCUUCCCGCCUGUUCCGCUCAGACCGACUCCGAGCACCACAGUGGCAGCGCCACAAGUUCAGAUCAAAGAGGAGCCGCUGGAUGACAUGGAGGAAGCCGAGAGCCCGCAGUCUCCACCUCGUAGUCCUUCGCCUGAACCGACUGUCAUCAACAUGGCGAGCCACGCCAGCCAGUCGGCACGAUUCAUCAAGCAUCUGGAUCGCGGCUACAACUCCUGCGCUCGUACCGACCUCUUCUUCACGCCGCUUUCCUCCUCCAAGCUGGCCAAGAAAAGGGAGGAGGCCAUAGAGAAGUCUCGCAGAGAGGCGGAACUCAGCGCUCGGCAAGAACGUGAACGGGAGAAGGAGCGCGAACGAGAGAGGGAGGCAGACAGAAACGCAAGAGGAUCCAGUUCCUCCCAUGACGGCCGCAUGAGCGAGGCCCAGAUGGCCGCUCAUGGACGCUCCGUGUUUGAGCAGCCGCCCACCACCGUCGCUGCCGUGCCGCCCUACAUCGGCCCUGAUACCCCUGCUCUACGCACGCUGAGCGAAUACGCCCGACCGCAUGUCAUGUCGCCCACCAACCGCAACCACCCGUUCUACGUGUCCCUGAGUCCCGGGGACCCCUUGCUGGCCUACCACAUGCCUGGCCUGUACAGCGCCGAGCCCAGCUUGAGAGAGCGCGAGCUGAGGAACCUCCGCGAGAGGGAGCUCCGCGAGAGGAUGAAGCCUGGCUUUGAAGUGAAACCUCCUGACCUGGAAACCUUACAUCCAUCGGCCAACCCCAUGGAGCACUUCGCCAGGCACGGGGCUCUGGCUCUGCCCCACAUACCCGGACCCCCUCAUCACUUUGCGCCCUUUCAUCCCGGGCUCAACCAUCUGGAGCGGGAGAGGAUGGUUCUGGCUGGGACUCAGCUGCGUCCGGAGCUGAGCUACGCCGAGCGUCUGACCGCGGAGAGGCUCCACGCCGAGAGGAUGGCCUCCGUGGCCCCCGACCCUGCUGCCAGGCUUCAGAUGCUCAACGUGACGCCGCAUCAUCACCAACACUCGCAUAUCCACUCACACCUCCACCUCCACCAACAAGACCCCCUCGGUCAAGGUUCAAGCCCUCAUCCUCUGGUGGACCCGUUGGCACCUGGACCACGUUUGGCCCGUUUCCCUUUUCCUGGAGGCCCCAUCCCAAACUCUUUGCUCACUGAUCUUCCACAUGACCAUGAGAUGCUGCGUCACCCUUUGUUUGGACAAGUGAACAGGAGCAGCUGGUCAAAUCCAAAUGUGUUCCAGUCCUUCUUACCUCCAGGUGCUGCGUACCCUCGGGAGCUGCAGGGUCCGAUUCCUCAGAUGUCAGCCGCGCACCAGCUUCAGGCCAUGCACGCUCAAUCUGCAGAGCUGCAGAGGAUGGCAAUGGAGCAGCAGUGGCUGCAUGGGCAUCACCUGCAUGGAGGCCCACUGCCCAGCCAGGAAGAUUAUUACAGCCGUCUGAAGAAAGAAGGCGACAAGCCGUCGUGAGCUCCAUGCGGUGCACCUGUACUUAUCACAGAGUAAAAUCCUGUACGUCUUUGUUUUGAUACUGUAUUUUACAACAUAUAUGUGUAUGGAUAUGUGCAUUCCUCCUCCAGCACUUAACAGGACUGCUAAAGUCUGGCGAAGAUGUUGACUUUCUACUUUUAUGAGCCGUCUCACGCGUUCGUGUGAGAUUUCAAAGUGAUGGACUUUCACCAACUUGCUGUUUAACAGUUUCAUAUUAUGCAGCCACGCAACUUUGCUACAACGCAGCGCUGGUAACCCGGAAGCAGACUUUGGCAAGACCUUAAAUAUAUACCAUUGUGUAUAAAUGAUUUCCUUGUACAGAAUGACAUUUAAACCGCUGUUUGAAUGAGUGUUAACGAACUAGCAUGACUCAAACUAGAGUAGCAAGUGGCAUCACGUCAUGUUUAGACUUUGAAAAGAUAAUAGAGGUUGGUUUUACUCCUUAAUUCUACUAAAUGUUUGUCUAAAUCCUAAAAUUUUAUAUAUCAAGAUAUCUUUUCACAGUACGACCUAAGCUUUAUUCACUCCUACCUUUGAGCCUGUAAAUAUUAAAUGUUGACCAUAUUCUAUAUGAAUGAGUACUCUUAGCAGUAGAUGUGACCCUUGGUUAAUGCUGGAAACCUUAAGUUGUAACACGAUAUUAUUAUAAUAAUUAUUACUAUGAUUCAUUGAACAUGAUCUGUCCCCACAGCAAGAGUUUGUUAUUUGAUACAAAUCAGAGAAUUGGAGACAAACGGAAUCUUUUCAUUGAUUUUGUGGAAAAAAAGAAACUGCCUUGAAAUCUAAUAUUUAUGUGACCUAAUAUAAAAAUGUAUCCAUUGCAUAUUUAUUUCAAUAAAUAUUCCGCAGUGA